CUGUGAAUGGACGGCUGCCGUUCUUUUCCGGCUACACCUGCUCAACCCACCAGGAAGUGCUGGGCGAUAAAUCCUAAAGUAAUAAUCCCUUUUACCUGGAGCGAGAGGAGCGAACAAACACUAUUAUGCAGUGUAUCCGGGGAAAGCCCUCCGAUUAGAUUCAUGUGAUCGACGCGCGCGAUUAAUGCAGGGUAAAAAACACACCGUCAACUCCCUGCAAGUUGGGGUUAUUGUUUUCCUGCGGUGUAGCGUUUAGUUUUUUUGCGGUCCAAACCUCCCUCCGGCAAUGGGAUGCUGUGAAAGCGCAGAGAGGACAAAAAGAGAAUGGAAACCUUUGGAGGACCGAAGCUGCACGGAUCUGCCAUGGUUCCUGUUAUUUACAUUGUUCCUUGUGGGAAUGUGUGGCAUCUGUGGGUUUACCAUCGCGACUGGAGGGGCGGCGCGGCUCGUCUUCGGGUAUGACAGCUAUGGGAACACAUGCGGCCAACGCAAUGAGCCCAUCGAAGGGGUCCGGCUGAGCGGUCUCGACCAUAUUGACAGAAAAUUCGUCUUUUUCCUGGAUCCAUGCAACAUAGACAUCAUUCAGAGGAAGAUUAAGUCCUUGGCACUGUGCGUGUCACAAUGUCCCACCGAGGAACUGGCGACUUACUACGACCUCAAGAGGUUUGCCAUGAUGAAUGGAUCUGAGCUUUGUUCGUACGAGUUACCUGGUCAUAAGUACCCACAACUUCCCGAGCGCUUUGAUAAGUGUCCCAAACUUCCAGUACCUGAGAGCAAAGCUCUUCCAGUGUUUAACCGCUGCACGCCAGUGGAUAUCUCCUGCUAUGCUAAGUUUGCUGAAGCGGUGGUCACGUUUGUCAGUGAUAACAGCAUGUUAAACAGGCUGAUUGCCGGGGUGGCGGCCAGCAAAGAGAUCAUUGUUGGGCUGUGUCUGCUGGCGUUAGUUUUGUCUAUGAUCCUCAUGGUAAUCAUUCGCUACAUCUCUGCUGUCCUGGUUUGGAUCCUCACUGCACUGGUGGUUCUGGGUUCUUUGGGAGGCACCAGCGUUUUGUGGUGGUUAUAUAUAGACUACAGAAUGACGAUGAAUGAGACCAUGUCUAAGGAUCUGAGGGAAACAGAAGAACCCAAUGGUGGCAUGAAGACCCCCAAAGAUCAUGCUCAAGGACUGCUCAUCUAUGCAGUUUCAGCGACUGUGUUCACUGGAAUUUUGUUGCUUCUGAUGUUGUUUAUGAGGAAGAGGGUUGCCCUGACCAUCGCCCUGUUCCACGUGGCAGGAAAAGUGUUUAUCCACCUGCCGCUGUUGGCACUGCAGCCCUUCUGCACCUUCCUCGCUCUUUCUCUGUUUUGGGUCUACUGGAUCAUGGUCCUCCUCUUUCUCGGCACCACUGGGAACCCGGAGAAGAAUGAGGAUACUGGCGUGGUUGAGUUCAGGCUCACAGGAGCGCUGCAGUACAUGACCUGGUACCACGCUGUGGGACUGAUCUGGAUCAGUGAGUUCAUCCUGGCCUGUCAGCAGAUGACCGUAGCCGGUGCUGUGGUAACCUACUAUUUCACAAGGGACAAAACCAAACUCCCGGUGACUCCCAUCCUGUCAUCAGUGCUGCGGCUGGUGCGGUAUCACCUGGGCACUGUGGCCAAGGGCUCCUUCAUCAUCACCCUCGUCAAGAUCCCACGCCUCAUUCUCAUGUACAUCCACAACCAACUCAAAGGCAAGGAAAAUGCUUGUGCACGCUGCAUGCUGAAGGCCUGUAUCUGCUGUCUGUGGUGUCUGGAGAAGUGCCUCAACUAUUUGAAUCAGAAUGCUUAUGCGGCGACGGCCAUAAACAGCACCAGUUUCUGCACCUCGGCCCGUGAUGCCUUCAUGAUCCUGGUGGAAAACGCUCUUAGGGUGGCAACCAUCAACACCGUUGGAGAUUUUGUUCUCUUCCUGGGCAAGGUCCUGAUCGUGACGUGCACGGCAUUCGCUGGGGUGUUAGCGCUGAACUAUCAGAGAGAUUACACCGAGUGGGUCCUGCCGCUCAUCAUCGUGUGUCUGUUCGCGUUCCUGGUGGCACACUGCUUCCUGUCCAUCUUCGAGAUCGUAGUGGACGUGCUCUUCCUCUGCUUUGCCAUCGACACCAAAUACAACAAUGGCACACCUGGGAGGGAGUUCUACAUGGACAAGGCCCUGAUGGAGUUUGUGGAGAACAGCAGGAGGUCAAUGGCGAUGGAGGAGCGGGGGCGCAGCAAGCGCGCCCGUCCCAAGGAAGAGGUAGAGUUGACGGAGGUUAAGGCCAUGGUGAGUGGUGACGUGGGUGUGGCAGGGCCGGAGUGGCAGGACUUACAGGAGUUCCACCUGUACUAUCUGCUGCUGUGUGUGCUGCUGGACUGGGCCCUGACGGAGCACAAUCUGGUGCUCUGCCUCACACAAGACAUGAUCAUCUUCCUGUCUGUCUGCCUGCCCACCUCCACCCUCUUCUUCUUGGUCACAUUGCUCCAGAACAUACCGGUUGCUGUUGCUGCAUGCUGACUAACGCUUCCUCACCUCCUUCUAUCAUUUCAUCCAUCUUUCUAUGCAUCGCACAGUGCAUGAGCAUUUUUUAUCAGUGGAUUAUUAUUAUUUUUUUAAUCUUUUUUUCAUUCCAUUCUUGCCUCUUCUUUUUUUACUGACUGUCUUGAACUCAUAUGGCGGCUAUAAACUGUACUUAUAUCCGUGGCCUUAAAAACACCAUGUUGCUCUUUGGAGGGAAGAUAAUUGAAACUGCACUUUUCAAGUUUUUGUACUAUUAUUAGACAUGUAGUUUUCCUGACACUAAUUGAGAGAUAUAUCUGCAAGAAAUAUGCCUAAAAUAUAAACUUUUUUUUUUUUCUUAUAAAAUUGAUAUAAAUUUAACCCUAAACUCUUGAUGUUGAAGAAGUUCAUGGUCAUUUUAAAAAUUCACAUUAUUUGUCAACUACCCAUAUGUUCUCUGUAUUCCUGAAAUCUGUUAUUAUAACUGUUGUUGGUGUGUUUUAUACGGAGGAGAAUCUGGUUUCAAGACAGCCUUUACCAUCCAUCAUAACACCCUGUCAAUAUGCAUGGCUUCUUACACCUGCUUUUUGCAAUGCCAUUUUAACCCAUUUUUUUGCCAUUCUGCUCCUUGAAAACUGAUGAAGUGGACUAACACCUCCAGAUCCAGAUCAGAUGAUUGGUUGUUGGUUUGUUUGGAAGUAAUAAGACUAAUGACGUGUUUUUUUUUUUUCCUGUAGGCUCCUGGGACAAGCUCUGCUUGACCAAAAUCAGCCCAUGGGACUUUUUAAAGACAUUCCAAAAUGUUUAUUUUUACCAAUGUGUAACAUGUUUACUAUGGUUUCACUCCAGGGAAUACAAUAUUUUAAUAAGAAACUGUAAAAAAUGAAAUAACAAUGUAAUGAAGCACUUUAUAUUGGAGCGCUGCAUAUUUUAAAAAGCCUGAUGCAUUUUUCGUAGUGAUGUCCUUUUUAUAAGACUAAAAAAACCCAGUUGCCAUCUAGUGAAACACAGUAUUAAUAAUGUCUAGAAUCACUGUUUUUAUUAUGUCAAUUUUUCAUAACAAACUUUUUUUUUUUUGCGUUUAUGAGAAACCCACAUACUGCAGUGCAGCACUUGUUCUUUUUAUUUCUUUUAAUCCAAAUACUGAAGCAUCUACGCUUUUUAUUUCUUAAUUUAAAAAAAAAAGAAAAAAAAUGCUUGGUUGUGUUAUUUUACUAAAAUAACGUUACCAUGUCUGAAAAUGAAGUCCGAGGGCCUUUCACUUCUGUGUAAAAAGACUGGUUGGUUGCUUUCCCUCCAAUGGUGGUGAUUUUAGUUUGUUUCUGAGUUGUGAUGAAACUGUAAAGGUCAGGGUUUUUUUUUUUUUACUGCUGUGACUGUUAGUGUCGGAAGAAACUGGGUCGAGUUACCUUAAACUGGGAGGAAGAUGUUAAUGGUUUCUAACUACAAUCCACAGUUGCUGUAACUGAGUAUGAGUGACAUUUACAACAAAAAGCACAUACAAAAAAACAAAGAAAUAUAUUACACAAUAUGUUACACUACCAGUCAAAAGAUUGGAAUCAUUAAGAUAAUACAGUAAAAACAGUAAUAUUUGAGAAAUAUUAUUACAAAUAAUAAUAAAAAAAAAUACUGUUUGAAUAUUUUUAAAAUGUCCUUAUUCCUGUGAUGCAAAGCUAAAUUUUCAGCAUCAUUACUCCAGUCUUCAGUGUCACAUGUUCCUUCAGAAAUCAUUCUAAUAUGCUGAUUUGAUGCUUAACCAUUUGUCAUUAUUAUCAAUGUUGAAAACGGUUGUGCUGCUUAAUAUUUUUGUGGAAAUAGUGUCACUUUUUCAGGAUAUGAGGUUCAAUGUACAGCAUUUAUUUGAAAUAGAAACAUUUUGUAACAUUAUAAAUGUCUUUAUUGUAACUUUUGAUCAAUUUAAUGGAUCCUUAAGAAAAAAAGUAUUCAUUUCUCUUUUAUUUAAUCUUACUGCAAAUGUUUGAAUGGUAGUGUAUCACUGUUUCCAUAAAAACAUUAAGCAGCACAACUGUUUUCAACAGUGAUAAUAAUCAGAAAUGGUUCUAGAGCAGCAAAUCUGCAUGUUAGAAUGAUUUCUGAUUUCUGAGAUCAUGUGACACUGAAGACUGGAGUAAUGAUGCUGAAAAUCACAUUUUAAAAUAUUAAAAUAGAAGUUAUUUUUUUUCAAAUAGUAAUAUUGUAAAAUGUUAUUAAAGUUUUUACUGUAUUUUUGAUCAAAUAAGUGUAGCUUUGGUGAGCAUAAGAGACUUAUUUCAAAAACAUAUAUAUAUAUAUAAAAAAAGAAUUGUAAUGAUUCCAAACUUUUGACCGGUAGUGCACGUAGAAAUGGUUUGUUAGCUUAACAGCUAAUUCAUAGCAAUUCAUCCUUCAGAAAAAUGCAAGGACUCCUGUUCGUAAAUCAGCAGUGGGGCAAUUCUGGUGCUGUAAUGUGGCUUGACAUUGUCUGUGGUAGUUAAAGUAACAUGACUUUGCCUCCUUUGACUGAAAUUGAAUGCAUGAGCAUCUAUGAUGGUGAUCCACAGCAUAAAGCACUGAUCUCUCCUUGGGUGCGAUUCCUCAUCCAACAUGUAGGGGUAAAAUGGUGAAAUGUUGCCUUUUCUUUUUUUGGGAGAUAUGUACUAAUGUUAGCUUUUACAUAGUUUUACAGAUUUAUCUUUAGAUCAAGUAAUUAAUUUCAUUUGUCCUCUUUUGCUUUGCAACCCAUGGAGAAUUUGGUCGCAUUAAGCUAGACGUCUAGGGGCACCGACUUUCAUAUCUGCAUCAAACUUAAGUCUUCCUAGUCGUGCAAAGUAUCUUGAAAGGAAACGUCAUUUUAUUUUCUGCUAGACAGUGGGAGAUGAAGAGAGUCACACAAAACUUGCAUUUUGCCUUAACCAAUUGAGUGAAUGUCGCCCCCUGCUGGAUUACAUAGAUUAGUUUAGUGCAACACAGGACUCGGAAUGGAAACCGUUCAUAAGCCUUAAACAGAUCUAACCAUUCACAGUAAUUUAACUAACCCAUCGAAUGACAGAACGUGGUAGAUGCGGCUGAGGAGAAUAUAUAAUUUAUUUACGCACAGAUGAAUCUGCAGUCUGUUUUUUUUUUUUUUUUUUUUUUCUAACAAAUGUCGGAUUUAGCAAAAAUGUCUGUGUGUGCAGUUUUUGUAUGGAUGUUUUGAACAUGUCAUGUUACAUAUUGAUAAAUAUUGACUGAGGAAUAGAGUUUUUUUCUUUAUUACUUUAAUUCCAUGUUUUCGUGUCUUGCAUUGGAGGGAAAUGUUGUGAAUUGUGUUAAAAUGAGGGGAUCUUUUUGGGAGGGUUCAGAAAUGAACACAAUGUACUUAUGAGAUAUUAAGAGCAUGAAUUAAGAAAAAAAAAAUCUAGGAGAUUUAACAUUUGCCACACACAACUUAUGCUGAAAGCAUGUUAAAUAUUGCACUAAGAUGGCAUCCAUUAAACACAGAGAUGAAUUAAAGAUAUCUGUAAAACAUUUAUAGUUCAAAUCGUCUUAUAGCGCAUUCAAUAUAGAGAUGUUUCAUAAAUGUUUAAAGAAAAUGUCAACAAAAUUGUCUUUUAAAUGCUUGACGUUGCAGUUUCUGGUUACGCAACCCACAGUUUUAUCAGGUAACAUAAACUUGAUGACUGUACAAGUAGGUUGUGAUUAAAGAUGAACAGUGGAACUUGCCUUUUAGGGUGAAUCUCACAAAAACAUGUUACCCCAAAAUCAAAAGGAAAAAAAAAAGAAAACAAGAAAUUAUUUUGCAUGAAGAAAACUAGAACCAUUAAGGUUAUUUGUAAUUGUGACAUUAUUUUUAUGAGAAUUCGGAGGGAAAAUGUGCUUAAUUUUCCUUACUGUAAUGCAUCUGGAUGUUUUAAUUUUAAGGUUUUGGCCAUUACUACAUUAUUAUUAUUAUUAUUAUUUAACAAUUAUUUUUAUUUAAAUCAGCACAAAGGCAGGGAUAUGUUCCCUUGAGAGGUAUAAAUGAAAUUUAGAACAUUUUUUAUAUAUAUACAAACACACACACACACACACACAUUAUAUAUAUAUAUAUAUAUAAUGUGUGUAUAUAUAUAUGUGUGUAACCCUUUAUAAACUUUAAUAAACCAUUUUUUUAAUUGAUUAUUUUGAAAAUUGUGCUUAAUUGUCAUACAAUAAUGUCACAAUGAAAAAAAAAAAAAAGUUUUGUUUAUGCAAAAAUACAGGUUUUGUGAGAUACAUCUUUUAAUGCUAAACUAAAAUCAGUUUUUUUUUUUUUUUUUUUAAACUCAAAAUUAUUGAACCUUGGGAUUUGGGCAGGAAAACUGACCUUACAAUGGGCAUUUACUGCCCAAGUGUUUUUUUUUUUUUUUAUGGAUACCAUUGUCAUAAUCACUGGAACAGGAUCUUUUUGGCCUCAAACAUUGGCUUUGGCUCACAACUCCACUUUAUAUUGCCAAAUGUGCACAAAAGGUUAUGUAAGCAGUGCACAAACUCUCUCUUAUGCUACCUGGUUGAAAACCAGUUAGCUUUUGUUUUUGUUCACAGCCUUUUUCUUCUUUCUCGAAAUGACUGAAAACAUCUCAGUAACAGCUGUGACAUCGCUAGUCCUGUCAGUGUGUAUUAGAAAGAGACAGACGAGCUGUGCUUAGAGGCAAGCUAGUAAAACGCGCACACACACACACACACACACACACACACACACACACACACACACACACAGAUGACCUGCAUGCUCCUGACCUGGGAUUUUUCUAACUCUUUAAAACAAUGAGCCAUUUUUGUAGGAACGUGAACUGUUUGGCAUUAGAAUACAUGUGACUUAACACUGAUAGAACAAUAGCUUUAUUAUGCGACAAGCCACUGUUUUUAUUUUUCGAGGUGAGAUUGUGAGUCUGUUUCUCCUCUUUAUUUUGGGAAACUGUGCUUCUGUUUUUGUCACACGGGGGAAUAGGCUGAUUCUGUUAUCAGAUAAAGUCAUGGAUAGGCAAUACAUCAGUUUACUCCUCUGGUGUGAUAUUAGCUAUUAGCUCUUACCUGCAGUAAAGUUGUUUGUAACAUUGAACUAAGUUUUUGUUGAUUUGUUUGAUUUUUAUAUUUAUGAUUUCAUAUGUAUCCUGUUUUUUAAAGUAAUAAAAUGGGGAAAAAAUGACAA